AUGAGCACUCGCCUGUCCUGCCGUAGGUCAUCUACGCCAGCACUAAGUAACCGUGUGCUAAGAAGGCCAACGCUGGAGAGGAAACUAACUGCCCCUGCGUUGCUAGAAAUAACUGAAUCAAUCGCCGAUGAAUCGUGGAAUUACAACCACCAAUUUGGACAAUUUGCCGGUCAGCAGAAACUGCCAAAAAUUGUCACAACACAGCAACGAAUGGCGAAGGCGGCCUGGUUGGGAGACAUAACGAAGUGGAGCUCUGUGCGUGAUGAGCAAUGCUUUAAGCUUGACACAAUUGCCCCCAAAAAACUGUCUUAUGGGGGAGAAUGUCUUCCGAGAAAUAUUUGUCCAAGAACCAAACUUUGUAUUAAUUCCCAACAUGAGGCACAUAGUGAAAUUUACAGUUCUCUUCCUAUGGUGUCUUCAUACUGCCAUGCAAAAUCGAUGGCAUUCAAACAGUUUAUUGAAAAUGCAGAGGAAAAGUAUGAUAGCCACAGGGAAAAAGCUGAUCUUCUGCAUAAAUGGAUCAUUCGCCAAAGAACUGAAUGACUCAUUGAAAACUAAGUAGAUAGACUAUCGUUUGCUUUCAUACUGUUUGUUUUUGUUCUAUAUUUCGCUUCUAUCUAAUGUAAAUAGAUAUUAAUUUAUUCGAGCAGUUUCGUGAUAGAAAGCACUCAUAUAUAGUCGGACUGCAAGCAAGUUUUAAAUUCAAGUUAACGAACUGAGGAAACCUCGUUAAGAAAUAACGCUUUCUUUAAAUCCUCUCUUUGUUACCGGUUUAGUUCAGAAUGCGAUAGCAUGGCCUUUCUACUUGAUUGGCUGCUCGUUAGAUGUGGUUGCAUUCUUUUUCCGGUCACCGGUUGUGUUAUAGAAAACGUCUGUGGACCGAUUUUCUAAUACGAAAACCUCUUGCACUUCCAUGUAAGGCCAAGAGAUAUUCCUUAGGUAGGGCUAAAAGAAGAAAGGAUCACCUUCCUAAAUGUAAUCCAUCAUACAAAUAAAUCUUUGCACGUUUGUAUACAUGCGCGUGUGAUUAUAUAAUAUAAGUUUAUUAUUUACCCUGCCUCUCAGUAUAUUGUUCUUGUCUAAAGACGUAACAAAGCAAUGUUAAUGCUUAAUUGUAAGAUAUAUUGUGUUAUGCCAUCUCAUGCUCACACGAAAUUACCUAACGUAUGGUUUUCGCUUUGCAAAACGUUCAACAAACUAAUUCGUGUUCCAUCGUCCGUGUCGGAAACCCCGGUUUCGUCUUUCUGUCUGUCGUAUUUGGCAGCUCUCUCCGUUAUAUACUUCGUUAAUAUUUCUAACUCGUUCGGUCUCACCACCGUUUUAAAAACUGGUUCUUAAUCUCGACUUAAUGUUACACUUUCCUUGUUAUUGUUCGUUAUCACUUUAUACUAAUUCAAUUAUUUCUCUUUUGAAUACUAUAAUCACAAGAACUGUGACAUAUGAGUAAAGAUCAGGCGGCCAAAGCAUUUGCUUAGUUAAACGUUAACAUGAAAUACUUAAAAUGAUGAAGUGGCAAGGUUCUUGUCGAUGAGAAACGAUUGAAAACUAACCCGACCAUGAUAAAUCUGUACGUGAGUAGAAUAAUGCAUGACUAACUUGAAUUAAAACGUUUUGAUAAGCCAUUCUAAUAAAAAUUUUGAUGCUUGGCAGUUAAGAAAAGGUACUUGUGAGACUUAGGAGACUUUCAGAGCAAUCGAAAGGUUACUCCGUUUAUUAUAUUGUUACCUCCUAUAUUAAAGAUAGGAUUGAGCCUUUCUUCCCUUAAGUUAUCAACUACAUCUGGACGAUUGAGGCGCUAUUAGACCAUAUCAUUUUAUCAUCAAUUUAACAAAGGUCCCCUUAUAUGCUUGAAUGUGUUGUAGUCAUUGUCCACACUUGAUACCUGCAUGUCAUGAUCACAUGCACAGUCUCUUAUAUAACUUCGACUGAAUGACCCAUAACAACAAAAGGUCCCCAAACGUGAACGUUUAGCGCAUUUCCGGAGACUAUAAGAAAUUACUUCUAUGACUGUUUAGGAAAAAAAUUGUAGCAAAUUGCAGUGGAACCGAUACGAAUCAUUUUAAAACAGAAGAUUCAUUAAAACAACACAGGAACAGGUAUGAUGGUCAUGGUUUACGAAGCAAGUUUAGCGCGUUUGCAACACUUUCGUGUUUCAUAUGGUUCAGUUCUAGGGUUCUCAGACAAAUCAGAUUUCAAAUUAAGUGAAAUCUGCGGAAGUUCGAUUUUAGCCGUUUUAUCAGAUUUGGUCUUUUCAUACCGAGGGAAAGCAGGACCUAGGAAGAAAGUUCUGGGUGACGAGACCAAAACGGUUGCCAACAAGACAAACUGUCAAUUUGGAAAUAAAAAAAUGGAAUUGCUAAGCAAUUUUAAUUAAUGCCGAGAGAAGUACUAUGCUUAAAAGUGCGAGCAUUCCUCAUAACAUGAACUCUUACGAACAACAACAACUUGCAAGCGAUUCUGAACGUGGUAACCUGCAAAUUUGAAACUAAUUCAGGUGUAAAGUUAUUUCUAGAUGGAUCUGAAAGAAAGCAUCUUUCAUCUUGUUCGCUACAGUUAUAUAACUGUGUCUACUCUUUCUUCUCUUUUUGAGGUACGUUCCGAAUCCAUAAAAAAUCCCAAUCAAAAUGCACCUAUUAUUUCCACGUACCGACCCCACAGAAAAUUCAGGAUAAAUCAGAGCUAAAACACCACAGCAUUGAAAAUUCUUGUAAACUGGGAAAGCUCAACAGCUUUAGCCGCCGUACGCAAUUCGCGAUCUUCAGUUUAGAGGGCGGCUACAAUGAUCGUCAGUGUCCUACCCGACGAUGGAACGAGUUUUAAACAUAUUUCUUACUUAACUUAUGAAAAUUAUCUAAUUCUCUAUUAAAACAUCAGUUUUUCAUGCUGUAAAUCAGUUUAGCUUUUGACAAGUACUUUCAAGUGUGCAGAUCUUAAUAAGAAAUUGAAAUUUAAUCCGUCACGUGCAACAAUCCGCUAUAUUACCACGAGCUGAUAUGUAACUAGGUGGCGUGCGGUCAUUUUGAUGCUAUAACAUUAAUAACUGAAAACAACUGAUGCAUAUAAUUUGAUAGCAUAAGAACAACGCUGAACCAUAGUGCCUUCUGUACUGACAGGAAGUCUUAGCGGGAGACAGAUAACUCACCCAACGAAACGAAGUCUCUCUGUCCGUCUAAAGAUUUUCAGCAAUCUAAAGUUUUGCUGGAUCGAGACAGAUUACAGGAAAUGGACACAUUAAGCCGGCCUUUCCACAGGUCAUCUGCACCCGAGUUGAAUAUCCGUCUGCCUAAAAGGCCGACAUUAGAGAGAAAGCUUUCUCCUCCAGCAAUAUAUGAAACAUCAAGCACAAGCUGGUGCACACGCAACCACCAAUUUGAAAAAAGCGUCGGUGGGCAUCUCCCAGAUAUUAUUAUGACAAAACAACCAAGAACGGCAAAGACUGCAUGGAUAGGAAACAAAACACAGAGUUGCAAAGACGAUGGACUUGUGAAGUUAGACAUCGUUGUCUCCCAAAAGCAGUUUUGCGAAGGAGGAAAUCUUUCUAAAGGCUGUAUUCGUAAAACAAAACUAUCUGUGAAUUUUCAAAGUCGACACAAGGAGACUGCUAAAGUGUGCACAGUUCGUCCGUCGGUAUCUUCCAGCUAUCAGCAGAAAUCGAAGGCAAUUCAACAGUUUAUUGGCAAUUCAGAGAAAAACUAUGACAGUCAUAAGGAAAAAGCCAUUUUGUUACAAAACUGGAUUAUUAGCCAACGAAAUGAAUGA